CCAGAGCCGACCAAAGCAGCUCGACUUCCUCCGUCUACAAUUGCUUUGGAUAAGCUAGUCUCAGAUGAAUCGUUGCCGCCGCCAUUUUCUAUCCCAAACUCUAGCGCAUUUCAUUACCGACCACCCCACGUUUGGCGCGCUCCUUCUGACUCUUCCUCCCCCCUUUAUCCAUUAACCUCAGCGGUAAUAUAAACCCACUUGUUAUCCCUCCUCCUUCCAGUCGAUAUGGCCCCGCGUCAAGCAAAACGAAACAUCCAAAAAGUUGGGCGGCAAUGCUCGGUGCCAAAAGGCGAACAAGCGCGGCCACAAGGUAUCAAGAAAGAACGCCCACAACUUUCUCCUCGUAGAAGCCCACGCCUACGCCGCCAGCUAACUCAAGUCAAGUUUCCACAGAUCAAAGAUCGAAAACGAAAACGAUCACAAGAAGACGAACUCAUCCUCCCCUCCAGUGCCACUCCCUCUCAAAAGCGACCGCGAAAGUCCCCUCCACAAUCUCCUAUCAAAGGCACAAUCGGCGAGAACGCAGCCAGGAGGGAGCUUCAUUGGCCUAAGGAAUACUUCGAAUCGGAGACCAACAUGAAUUAUCUGCUUGCGAGGAAGAAAUCUUCUUUAUCUUUUCGCGAUUUGGGUAUUAUAGACACAAGCAAGACCGUUUGCCGGUCCCUCCUUAAAGCUGAGCAAAUAGUUCCAGAGGAUUCAUUGUUUCAGGAUAAUCUCUUCGACGAGACGUGCGAAAUAAUACAAGACAGGAACGAGGCCAAGUCUCUAGCUAUACGUGGCGCCAAACGUCUAAAAACAUUAAUCGAAAGUCUUAAAAAAAUCCAGCCGUUUAUUAGUGGCUUCUCGGAAAUGUCUCUCUUUAUGGGUAUAUACUAUAUAUACUUUCCGUUUCUUAUAUGCGAGGUCAAGUGCGGCGCUAUAGCGCUUGAUAUUGCGGACCGACAGAAUGCUCAUAGCAUGACGAUGGCCGUGAGGGGUAUUAUCGAACUCUUUAGGCUUGUGAAACGCGAAAAGGAGCUUUACCGGGAGAUACUCGCCUUCUUAGUCUCGUAUAAUAACCGGACGGUGAGAAUCUACGGUCAUUAUCCUGUAAUUAACGGAAAAAAGACCACUUUCUAUCGCCAUCCGAUCCGUGAGUUCAGCUUCACGGAACUAGAUGGCAAAGAGAAAUGGACGGCAUAUAAAUUCACCAAGAAUAUUUAUGACAUAUGGAUGCCGUCUCACUUAAAAAGAAUCUGUUUAGUUAUUAAUGAGUUACCGCCCGAUCUGGAUUUUGAGAGCUUGGACCGUGUUAGUUCGCGAGACGUUACCCCUAAUACUUCACUGUCUCAGAGAAUUAAUGGGAAAGCAUUUAAAAAGCCAAAGAAAAGGGCUCGACCCGUAGAGCUAUACUAA